GUCAAAUGGUGCGCACUUCCUCAGAACACAUUUAAACCAGCACGCUGGGCUAGCAGUGUCUAAUUCAGCUGUUUUAUCUUCAGACAUGAUACUGUGGGCUGUUAUAAGAGGAUUACAAUGUCAUGUUUAGAACCCACUAAAUCAUCUUUCCACUGGAUAAUUUGCUUUGUACUUCACAAAAUGAGUUUGUCUGCAUACAGCCAUUAAUUUUUACAGCUGUAAAUAAGAUUUUAAAAUGGGCAACAAGAAUUCAUCUACGAAGAGUUUACAUAAGACCAAGAGAGCUCCUUUGGCCCAAAAUGGAAAACCUGAGUCAAUCAGUACCUCGAAACUAAAUGAGGGACAUGUUGAAAGCAGAGUAGUAGACUCUGAAAUUGAGGAAAUUGUGGACGAAGGAUUAGAUCUUAAUAAAACAUUUUACAAAUUUGUAAUUCUGCAUGCUGAAAGUGAUGUAGAAGAGGCAGUUAGAGUGCGGAACCUCCUGGAAAUCAAAUUUAACCUGAAGCCAGGUAUAGUACUUGCUGAACUGCCCUCUGGUAGACAUCUGUUUGACAAUUUAAGUGAUGCUCUGAAUGGGUCAGCCUGGACAGUCAUCCUUCUAACCACAAAUUUUCUUAAGGAAACUUUAUGUGAAUACCAGUCUUAUAUCACACUGAUAGACUCCAUUACCAACCAGCACAAAAGCUAUUCAGUCAUACCUAUAAGGCCUAGUAGAAAUCCACUCCCAAGGGAAAGGACACCAUUUGCCCUGCAAGUCAUUAAUGCUCUAGAGGAAAGAAGCCCUGCAUUUGAUAAGCAGGUGAAGAAAACUUUUCAGGAGUCCUUCUACAUAAAGCAAAAAGAACUCUGGCUGACAAAAAGAACAAAUCUUUAUCAGAACACAAGCAAUUCAUAAUGGACUUUUGUCACAGGACAUUUAUUCAUGCCAGUCUGUUUAACAACAUACUGUUAAUUAAAGGUGCCUAGUGCAUACUUAAUGAACUGUAGUUUGGAUAAUGGUAUUCCAUGCGUGACAUGAUGGUAAAUGCAGAUAAGUGUCAUAGAGCAGGGCAUAGAGCUGAACUCUAUCUGCCACAUAUUUUACUUCAGCUCAGGACAGCACUGCAUUACUAAGUUACAUGCCGAGAUUAGACCCUCCCCACCUUCCACUAGGACAUAGUUCAUUAGCCUGGUUUAAAAAUGGUGUCAGGGACACUGCAUGGUAUUAUUUGAUACCUGGGUUACAGAAAACUGAAAGCACAGUAAUUAGGUACUAGGCCUACAAACAAAGCAGCUCCUUAUGUAUAAAGGGGACUGUAGCACUACAAAGUCUACUGAGCAUGUCUGUUGCAUUGCUUAAAGUUCAGUGGUAUUGGGCAUCUAAAUCUACUGCAUUAGGCUCCCACCUCAGAAUACUAGUACCCGUCUGUCAGAACACAUGAUCCAGUACUUGGGUUUAACACACAUGCUGCUGUGGAAUCUACAUCUAUUUCAGAAAUUGCAGGAUAAAGUGAAAAUGUUAUCUUCUGAGUUCUGAAGUAUUGUUCAAACUAUUCCUUUUCCUCUGACUCUUAUAAAUAAAUUAUUGAUUUUUUUAGCUAA